AUGGAGUAAGAAUUGAUACUAGCAGCAAAGUAAGUAUAAGCAACUGGCGAAAAAUUGUACUUUGGCAUCAUCAACACUUAUUUCUUCAGAGAAUCUAGUGAAAUGCCUGUCAACUAUGACAUCAGCAAAUAUAACUUAGAUUACUUGAAUUUCAUUACUUUCCUUCGAAAAUUAUCUGACUUAAAGCAAUCUGAAGUAGUUAGAAAUAUUAAAAAGUUUGAGUAAUUGAGAAAAAACUAUGACUCUCAUCUUAUCGUUGGAAAUUUUAUGACCAAGAAAUCAAAAAUAUAUAAGCAAUACAAUGAAGCAUAGAAUGAAUUUAAGGGACUCAAAUUUAUAGAAAUGGCGGACGAAAUUUACUUCAAACGAGAACUUUUAUAGAAUAAUUAGGAUAAGCUUAGAGCCUUUGAAAAAUCGUAAGGAGCUGUCCUUAUUCUUAGAAAAGAAGAAUUUGUGAUGCGUUCAGUUAAAUCAUCUGAAUUUUAUUUUCCUUCUUUGGAAACAACUCUAAUUGAAUUUAUAAAUAAGAACUAUUUGAUUGAUGUAGACUUCUUUAAUAUGAAUACCUAUCAAAUCUACAGAGAAUAAAAUAAGAGUAUUGCUUUGAUUGCUUUUGAUAAAAAAUUACAAGUUAAAACAGAUGCUGAGUUUAUCAACUACAUAAUGAGCAGAGUUUCUAAUAGGGUCCAUGAAAUUUUCAAAGAGAAAGUUGUUGUCGGCUUGGUUCAACUCCAAGACUUCCCUUAAUUAAAAUUAAAGCUUAAUUUUUAGCAUAAAACUAACUUAGGCAUGUACUAUUUUAUAGAGAGAUAUGAAAGUGAUAGAAAGUUAUUUAAGCUAGAGAAAGAUUAUAUUAUAAGUGAGGGAAAUAUUGACACAUAAAUACUCCUAGACUUUACAUCUGCUGUUGUCAAUAGAAGAAUAAUGCCAAGCAGAAAAGAAUAAAAAAUUGAUAUAGCUUUUGAUGAUAAUGGGAUAAGAAUAUUCUCGACUUAAACCUUAGACAAUUUUAUUUCAGCUAGGACAUACUUUGAGAAAGAGCUCUUAAUCUUUUUCUAUAAAGAAUAGUUAGAUGAAUAAUCUAAUCACUAUUUGAAUACAAUUGGCUAAUUAGCACUUGAACUUAGGAGUCAGAACAUAAAUGAUUUUACAAUUGCUAAAUUUGACAUGAAUAAAAAUGAUCCAUCUGAAUAUUUGCCAGUGUAUAGACCAAAUUCACUUUAUUUCAAUCCAAUAAAUUAGAAUUACAUUGCUCUAUAAGAUCGGAUGCUUUUGAUUGAGAAAUUUAAUGACUUAUUACAGCUAAAAUAAAUACUUAAAGGUAUUUCCACUUUGAUUUAGCUACCUCAAGAUAUGGUAGAAGAAUAAAACACUCAUUAUAAAGAAAAUGAAAUGGCUGAAUAAAAGGGAAAUUCUUAAUCAAAGCUGAUUAAAGAAGAAUUAUGA